UUGUGCUAGUGAAGACAAUAUUAUUAAGAAGACGGGUAGGAGCAUGCCUACUAUGUGUCGCUUGUGCAGGAAGAGUUGCGAAUCUAUUAGCCACAUCACCUGGCAUUGCAGAGUUGCUAGGAGGAUUUGGGCUUGGGCGUCUGGAAUUUUUAAUCUGCAACCUAAUGAAGAUUUGGUGGCCUCUUACAAGGCUGCUAAGGGACGUAGCAGGAUGAUAAAGGAUCUUUGGCUUGUUGCAAAUCUCGCAAUUGUCACGGAAUUAUGGAAGCUGCGAAACAAAGCUUAUUUUGAAGGUAUGGCAGUUCAAUGGCUUGGUUUUAAAGGUAGAGUUUAUCAGGUAAUUCGUGAUAACUCAAUUAGAAUAAAGGGCCAUAUGUACAACAAUUUAGCAGAUUUGCGCAUUUUGAAAUAUUUCAAGGUGAGGCAUAGAUCAUGCAAAACGUCUACUCCGAUUGAGGUUAGUUGGUCUCCUCCUAAUCAUGAUGAAAUCAUGAUUUGUUGUGAUGGCGCGUCAUUUAGAAAUCUAGGCCAAGGUGGUUCUGGUGUUACUUUUCGUGAUGCCAACUCAGAAAUGCUUGACGUUCUUUGUGUUGGCCUUGGCUGGCAAACAAAUUAUUAUGCGGAAGUGUGUGCGGUUAUUUAUGGUGCGAUGUUAGCCAAGAGAUGGAAUGUGAAGAAUAUUUGCAUUCGUUCAGAUUCAAUGAGUUGCAUCCAAGAUUUUCAAAAGGGUGAGCUUCCUUGGAAGCUGGUGCAGAAGUGGAGAAUGGCGAAGUCUUUUUACAACAACAUUCGCUAUAUUCAUAGCUAUGGGGAAGUUAAUUUCUCAGUUGAUGCUUCGGCCAAGCAAGCAUGUUUGCUGGCUGAAAAUAUUUUUGAGUUUUAUGAGGGUAGGCCAG